AUGAAAUUUGAUGGCCUUUCAACUUCUGGCAAUGACAUCAGGUACCUCGAGGAGACCCCGGAAGACCCCGACGAAAUCAUCUUGGCCGUGGCGGACCAGAACUCCGAAGCAUUCGCAGCAUCUCCGCUCCUCGAAUACACUUUCAACGACAUUUCCCUGCUCCUGUCGGCCUUGAACGCCCUCAUCACCGCCAGUCCGACCGACUUCAAAGCGAGAAGGGGGGAGGCGCUGUUCCCCAAGCUCGUCGCGAACCUCAGCCCGCGGAUCCCGCUUCCCUGGGGAUCCCCGCCGCCUCAUGAAACAUUACCUCAAGGAAGUACCCAGCCAGCUAGUGGGGAAAAAAAGGCAUCUGGCCUUAAGAGCAUGAGAGCAAUCCAAGCAAAGCAAUACGCGCCGCUGCCGGUCGAACUCAACCUGAUGCCGAUGAACGUCGGUGACGCAUAUCUCGGGAAAAUGGGUUCAGGCUUCAUGUCCGCGAAUGCAACCGCAGAUUUCAAGACGUCGAUGGCGUUCAUGACGGCCAUGCGAAACCUCUCGAUGGACAUGCUCUUCAGAAUCACCAAUUCCUGGAAUGAACUCGUCGUGGACUGCACUUACCAAGGACAAAACUGCACCGAAGAGAAGUAUUUCGCCCCCACGGUGAACGCCAUGUACGGCGUCUGCUACAUGUUCAACACCGAGUUCAACACGAAAGACGAAAUGGCCGGGAAGCGGAUCUCGGGCCUCACGGGAAGCUCCUACGGGCUGUCACUUCAACUGUACCUGGACCAAGACGAUUACAUGUCGAACGUUGUCUCGGAGAGCGCCGGAAUCCGAUUGGCCGUCCACGCCAACAACGAACUCCCGAGCCCCGACGAGCAGGGACUCUACCUCCAACCGAACACUCACACGUCGGUUGCGCUACAGGCGGUGAGGAUGCUUGUGAUUGGAGGAUGGAUGCGAUCGAAGGAUGAGUGUGAUUGGAGGGCUGGGAGGGUGUGGCGUGUCAUGCAGGUGCAGAUCUAUCGGCUGCCGGAGCCGUACCAGCCCAGUUGCUUCUCUUCGUGGAAUGAGACGGACUACGUUCCGCGUUAUCCGUUCAACAGGGAGAUUCCGAUCGGAUACAAUGUGGUGCGUGACAAUGCGGAGAACGAUCCUCAACAGCUAUGGGUACCUGAUACCCAGCUCGUGCUAAAGAACAUGAGGGAUGGAGGAGUUACGAAGCAGUCAUAG